AUGCCAGUGAGUCAGGACGGUGAGGACACCGGCAGUGCUGAUUUGAAGUCACCGUGCCAACACCGAGCAGAUGCUACCAGUGCCAAAUUGACACCAGGCAGUCAGGACAGGGCAGGCACUGGCAGUGCCAAAAUGAUGCUGCGGUGUUGGGCUGAUGCUGGCAGUGCCAACUGGGGGCUGCAAUGCCAGGAUGACAGUGCCAAACUGAUGCCAGCAUGCCAGGGCUGGGAAGACACCAACAGUGCCAUUUUGGGGACACACCACCAGAACCAGGCAGACACCGGCAGCUCCAAACUGAUACCAGGGUGCCAGGAUGAAGCAGCCAUCAGCAGUGCCAGUUUGGGGACACAAUGCCAGGACACGGCAGAUGCUGGCAGCACCAAAUCAGCCCCACAGAACCAACCCGAGGAGGAUGCCACCAAGCCUAGCCGGCACAACGGUGAGGCCAUGGCAGUGAGCGCCCGUCCCUUUCGGUGCGGGGCAUGUGGGAAGCGGUUCGGGGCAAGCGCCGCGCUGAUGCGGCACCAGGCACUGCACGGAGCCGAGCGCCCCUUCUCCUGUGCCGAGUGCGGCCGCAGCUUCUGCGACCGGGCGGCGCUGGCAACGCACCGGCGAGGGCACACAGGCGAGCGCCCCUUCGCCUGCGCCGAGUGCGGCAAAGCCUUUGCCGGCAGCGCAGGGCUCCUGGUACACCAGCGGGUGCACACGGGCGAGCGUCCCUUUGCCUGCGCCGAGUGCGGGCAGCGCUUCCGGCAGAACCCACACCAGCGAGCGGCCCCACGCCUGCGGCGACUGCGGGCGCCGCUUCCGCCAGCGGGCUCACCUGGCCCGGCACCGCCUGGCACACACGGGCGAGCGCCCCUUCCCCUGCAGUGA